ACGCCGACUGAAACAACGAUAAAAAAUGUAAGACUGAUGAAUGGGAUUUAGUGUACGAUGUAGUAAAUUUAGUGUACGAUGCACAGGGGGCAACCUGCCUCUCCGCUAAACCCUGCCUUCACAUAAUCCCCCAAAAGGUCAAUACUGGAGCAGCUCUCCAAAAAAUCGCAGUUGCCACGAAGAAAACAAACAAACCCCACCAAGAGAUCUGUGUAGUCUGGCCGAACCUUUUACUCCGGCGUGGCCGCGGAUCCACGACCACAGUCCUGCCCGCGGACUCAUCUCCCUCUGGAAGAAGAUACAGUUACAGGUGGUUCCUGCCUGUCACAACCUGAUACUUUCCGUGUUCGAGCCGGACCGCCAGUCCUUUUCAGAACGGCGCAGGGAGGCCGGUGAGAGGAAGCUUCUUUUUUUUUUUUGCGGGAUGGUGUUCUCUGUGAUCUCUCCACCUUGUUCGGUUUCCACGCAGGAAGAUCCCGCGUCCUCAGAGACUCUGUGCUGAAGCUCCCGCCAAGGCGGCCUCAGGAUGGCGACGGAAAGUGGACACAUCGGCCGGUCAAGCGCAGGAGACAAUCUCAGUAUCACCGACGUGUCUGUGGAAGUGGCGACCGUGGACGCCCGGCUGUCACGCAGGAGACACCGCCGGGGACACGGCAAAGGCAAGCGGAAGUCCAAAUCGAAGAGGAAGAGGGCGCGGAAGAAGAGGGCUCUGUGGAACCUGCAGGCUUUGGCUGUGCUGCUCAGCCUGGUGGUGUUUGUCGUCGUGGCCGUCACCUGGACGCUGCUGUGGCUGUUCAUCUUUCGCAGAGAGAGCAACAGUGGGGUGUAUUUUGCCGGGAUGUUCCGAGUGGCCGACAUUGAAUUUAUCCCAGAGUACAGACACACGGAUUCGACCGAGUUCAUUUCCAUGGCUAACACGAUUGAACAUGUGGUGAAUAGUGUGUACAAAACAUCAACAGUGUCCAAACUGUACCGACAGUCUCUCAUAUCAGACCUCAGCCACAACAAUAAGGGCGGUGUCCUGGUGCACUUCUGGAUGGUGUUCGUGGUGCCCGGCGUGAAGAGCAGCGCGGUGUGUGAGGAGUGCGUGGGCGCCAUCCUCAGGGACUCCGUGCACACCAGUCUGGUCAACCGCACGUCCGUGGGCUUCCUGUCCGGCCUGCCUGUGGACAUCGACUCCAUCGUGGUCAACACUGCCUUGAGGUCAGAUUACACUGCCAUCGAGACAGACUCGAAGUGUAUAGAUGACUUGUACGCAAGCCAGCCUGGUGUGAAGAUCUCCCUAAGUGUCUCCUCUUUCUGGGGAAGGUCCAGCUGUCACAUGAAGCUCACGGCAGUGCUGGGCUCCCUCAUUCGGCUGACCGUCCACUCCUUUCAGAUCGAGGCCAGCGACUGCGUCACGGACUCGCUCACUGUAUACGACUCCCUCGUGCCCAUCAGGAGCAAAGCCUUGUAUAAGUUUUGUCAGCCUCCGAAUGCGGCCAUCUCCCUGGUUUCCACUGGGAAUGUGAUGCUCCUGGCUUUCAGGCUGGGGCAAGGAAGCAAGAGUUUCCGCGGACACUAUGAGGCCAUUUCUGAGGAAAGGUGCAGCAGCGCAGACGACGUACAGGACUUGGCUGGCUCUCGGGGCAAAAUCACAAGCCCUUACUAUCCCAGCCUCUUUCCUCCAGAGUGUAGCUGCACCUGGGCGUUUCAGGCUCCGAUCCAGGGGCUCGGCAUCGCGCUGAGGUUUGAGAACUACCUGUUGAAGGAGAAGGAUUUAAAAGGCUGUGAGCACGGCUGGUGGAAAAUUAAUGAAAUAAUAUACUGCGGGAGCUAUAUCGAUCACCCGACUGUGUUCCGCGCCGCCAACCAGAGGACGGAAAUCGAGUUCCGCUGCAGCUCAAAGUUUUCAGACCCUCCUUUCACAGCUGAAUACGGCAGCUAUAACAUCAGCCAGCCCUGCCCUAGAGGGUACUUCCUGUGCUCCAGCGGCCUGUGUGUGGAGAGCUGGCGCCGCUGUGAUGGCCUGGACGACUGCUUCGACGAGAGCGACGAGCUCUUCUGCCCUAAUCCGCCCAAAGACUGCGAUGGCGCCGCCCAGCGCCACCCUUCCUUCGCCUGCAAUGGCGUGAGGGACUGCGAGGAUGGAGCGGACGAGGCGAACUGCACUCAGGAAGUCCCGUGCAGUGACGUCACCUACAAGUGCGGCAGCGGCGCGUGCAUCCGCAAGAGGAACGCGAACUGUGACGGAAGCCCGGACUGCGCGGACGGAAGUGACGAAAGAUUUUGCGCUCACCUUGGGAUGCGCACUCAGGGCAGUGCCAAAUUUGUGGCCGAGAUCCGGAGAAUCGUGGUGCACGAGUACUACAACGCUCGCAAUUUUGACUACGACAUCGCCCUCCUGCAGCUGAAGAGCACCUGGCCCGUGUCUCUGGCGUCUCACAUCCAGCCCAUCUGCCUGCCCUCCUCCUCCCAGGCUGUGCUUGCUGGGCAGGCCUGCUGGGUGACUGGAUGGGGCAGCAAAUCGGAAGGAGUUUGUUACUGCCUGUCACCAGCCAUGGUCAUCUUCUACCUGGGGGGGAGUGUAGAAAUCGCUAACCUGACCUACACAAGCCAGCUAGAAGACCCGCAGUCGCCGCAGUUUCUUUUACAAGCCGAGGACGUUAGGAAUUAUGUUAAUAGAUGGGAAUGGGCACUUGAAGGAGACGAAGGGCUCAGGGUGUUUUACUGGAGUAAAUUCUGCGCUCCUGCUGCAGUUGCUCCCCAGAUCAAGAAUACGAGACCCUCCAGCCUGCAGAGAGGCGGUGUCGUGAAAUCCAAAGUGUAUUUUGGCAGGAAUGAGGAAGUGUACUCUUUCCAAAAGAAUCUGGACACACUGCAGUUGUUCGCUUUAGACUCUGAAGAAUAUGAGCUGGAUGAAAAAUCUGGUAAAAUUAAAAACCCAGGAUCUGCACAAAAUAGCAAGUGGCAAUUGGGAUUCCAAGCAAUGUCAUUUGACCUUUAUGCCAAAUAUGGCAACAACCGAACCCUGACCCUGACCAGUCCCAAGAAGCCCUAUUACCAGUGGAGACUCCGGGUCCCCUCCGGCCAUGUGGUCCGCCUGGUCAUUGUCACCUUGAACGGCGCCUCGCCAGGGAACUGUGCCGCCCACAAGCUCUCAGCCUACGACUUCUUACUGCCUCUGCAGAACAAGAUCAUUGCAAGGUGGUGUGGUGUGCCCGUCACAAUUACGCCCCCAGUCAUUAAGCUGACUUCCUCAGGAAACGUGAUGCUGGUGACCUUCUCCUUCAACAGACAGAAGGACAGUGCUAUUUUCAAGGCCUACUUCCAGGCAGUGCCCAAAGCAGGCUGCGGUGGGAGCCUCCCCGUGUGGAAUGGCACAGUGACAUCGCCGUACUACCCCAGCCACUACCCCCCCAACGUGGACUGCACCUGGACUAUAAACGCCCCCCCGCGAGGAUACUUACUGUCCGUGACGGUUGUGGUUUUAGACAUCCAGGACUCCCCCGCCUCGCACCACUGUGACAAGGACUGGCUUGACAUUAAUGGAGUCAGGUUGUGCACCCCUGUGGCGGACAGCAGCCGGAAGAGAGUGUACUCCUCUCCGGUCACCCUGCACUUCCACUCGGACGAGUCCAUCACGCGCAGGGGCUUCUUCAUCCUCUACAGAGCGUUCUCUCGGGACAGCCCCUGUCCCAAGCAGUUCCAGUGCAGCAAUGGCAGAUGUGUCCCUCUGAAGAAGCUGUGCGAUGGGGUGAAAGACUGCACUGAUGGCAGCGACGAGGCGAAAUGUGCAGCCUGUGGCCCGGGAGAGGUGAACUGUGGGAAUGGCCAGUGCAGACCCCAUGUCAGCCUUUGUGGUGGACAGAGCAGCUGUGGAGACAGCAGUGAGGAAGUGGACUGCGCAGGAGACUGCUUCCUGCACUGCCCUAAUGGGAUCUGCAUUCCCCAGUCUUCAGUCUGCGAUGGCAUCGUUGACUGUAAAGAUCGCAGCGAUGAAAUCAACUGCACAAGAGCACUUCACAAAGCCUGCUCCCCGUCCUCCUACAAGUGUCUGAACGGGAGGUGCCUGAGCAAGCUGAACCCCGAGUGCGACGGAGUGAAGGACUGCGCCGACGGCUCGGAUGAGGCCGGCUGUGGGUGCGGCUCCCGGCCGAGGAAGAAGAGCAAGAUCGUGGGGGGCGGGGACGCGCAGACGGGGGAGUGGCCCUGGCAGGUCAGCUUGCAGAUGGGGCGCUACGGGCACGUCUGCGGGGCCUCCGUCAUCUCCAGCCGCUGGCUCCUGUCGGCCGCGCACUGCUUCCAGGACUCCGAAUCUAUCAGGUGGCCCGGCCGUGUUCCUCGCUUCCUUUUCUCCAGCUCGCGCCAAGCGCGAACUGCUCUUGCUUCCCGAAGCGCUGGUGUGAGCCCUGCACGCUCUGCAGUAACCUCCAUGUUCUUGGGGGGCCACUGGAAGAUGGAAGGUUGGUUGUGUCCAGGUCACAUGGCUGUUUUGGGGUUUUUGCGCAGGAAGCAGCGGGCGUCCACUGUACCUACGGAUAAGGAGGAGGAAGCCACCGUCAAGCUGAUUGGCCACAACACCUGCAACAAGCUGUACGAUGACGCUGUGACUCCCAGGAUGCUGUGUGCUGGAAACUUGCACGGAGGGGUGGAUGCAUGCCAGGGAGACUCUGGCGGGCCCCUGGUGUGCCUGGAGAAAGGGCGGAAGUGGUUCCUGGCUGGGAUCGUCAGCUGGGGCGAAGGAUGCGCCCGGCGGAAUCGGCCAGGCGUCUACACGCAAGUGGUCAAGUUUUCCGACUGGAUCCGGAAAGCUAUUCGUCCUGCCCCAGACGAACCCCCGGCGCUCGUGAGCGAGGACAUGGCAGGGCCUCCUCCGCUGGCCAGCUCUUCUACCGUGUGGCCCCGCUCCGGCCCCGGAGCUCAGCAGGUGCUGGCUUGGUACCCGGGAGCUGCUGAGAAAAAGACAAGCCAGGGCGCAAAUAUGGCCCCUUCCUCUUUCCCAGUGGCCACAGACUCGCCCCGGGGUCCCGAGAAGCCUUCCUUGUUCUUGUGCGUGAGCCUGGCGGCGGGUCUUGCUCUGCUGGCGUUCUGCGGGACUGCGGCUGUCACCUGGUUCCUUAUGCGUAUGGCACCUCUGGGCCAGCUGGUCAGACUCACCGUGCACAGCUGCACCAUGGAAGGAGACUGCCGCACAAACUUCAUUGCAGUGUAUGACUCCUUAGCAGCAGGGAGAGCGCAGCUGGUCACCAGGCUGUGCCCGGGGUUUCAGUAUCGCCCCCUGCAGGCGGUUAGUGUUGUCUCAUCUGGCAACGUCAUGCUGGUGGUGCUACAGUCUCAUUCCCAGCUUGGGCACUCCAGUGAAUUGGUGGCUUCAGCACAGUUCCUGGAUGAUGCCCAGAUUUCCUGCCCAUCUAACGCCUUCCAGUGCAAAAACAAGCAGUGCAUCUCCAAACCCAAUGCCACCUGCGAUGACAUCGUGGACUGUCUGGAUUCCAGCGAUGAAGUGGGCUGCGGAGUGACUUCAAAACCUAAUCCUUGGCUGCUCUGGGUCUUAAUUGCUCGGGACUGUAAACACAGACAAAAUAUAACUUUUCCCAGAAGGCAGCGAGACAGGCAUGUGCGGUUAUGCGGGAAUGAAAGAAAGGGCCGCUGGGCGCGAUGGAGCGCUGAGGGCCUGCGGCUCUCUCUCCCCCUCUCUCCCCUGCAGACUGCGGGGUGCGGCCGGGCCUGCGCGGCCGCGUGGUGGGCGGGCAGGGGGCGCGGCCCGGGGAGUGGCCCUGGCAGGCCAGCCUCCACUUCCACCGGCGAGGACACGUCUGCGGGGCGGCGGUCGUGGGCGGGCGCUGGCUCCUGUCCGCCGCCCACUGCUUCCAGGACUCCGCUGCCCUCAGGUUCUCCAGUCCCUGGCUGUGGACGGCGCUCCUGGGCUCUUGCUCCAGGCAGGGGGGGGGCAGGGGCUCUGUCACGCACGGCGGUCAAGCGCAUCCUAACUCACGGCCGGUACGACGCGUCCUCGCUGGACUACGACCUCGCCUUGCUGGAGCUGGCCACGCCGCUGGAGUACAGCGGGACCGUCCGGGCCGUGUGCCUGCCCCCCGCAGCCCACCCGUUCUCUGUGGGGCAGAGCUGCUUCGUCACUGGCUGGGGUUUGCUGGAGGAAGACGGAUCGCUUUCCCUAAUGCUUCAAAAGGCAGAGGUACAGAUCAUUAACCAGACAGUGUGUAACAAAUACCUGGGGAACUCCCUGACAGCCCGAAUGCUGUGUGCUGGAUACCUGACUGGGAGAGUUGAUGCCUGCCAGGGAGAUUCGGGGGGUCCCCUGGUGUGCCAGGCACUGACGGGCCAGUGGUUCCUGGCCGGGGUGGUGAGCUGGGGAGAAGGCUGUGGCCGCUGGCAUCGACCGGGAGUCUACGCCCGCCUGACGGAAUUCCGGGACUGGAUCCAGGAACAGAUGGAAUCUUAGCUUCGUGUGGCACCAGAGUGACUGACGUCCACUGCCCCCACCCCCCCAGCAGAAUAUCUCCACUGCGGCAGGAGAAAAAAAGAUCACCGCUGCCUGCAUUUCAGACAGCCACUCGGCCCCACUUAGACAAGGGCUGUUCGAAAGGCCCGCGGCUCCGAGCUACAGGGCCGCCGCUUCGGAAAGAGCUGCCAUCCGGCUCCUGACUGCCGCCUUGUGCUCUGUGGGAGGGCACCUGGAAAGAUGGCCCCGUAGUGUUAAAAUAAAGAGCUCCUGUUUUUCCAUAUGAUUAAAGAAAAAUAAAGUAU